AGGUGAUCUUGAUCUCGUCCGGUGAGGACCCUGUGACCAAGGCCCUGGCUGACAAUCUAUCCCAGAGGACAGGCUGCGAGGUCAGGCAGCUGGGCAAGGACAUCCAGGGUGAGGUCAAAGCCAUGAUGGAUGACAAGGAUCUGGACUGGAAGGAGGUUGCCUAUAUGGGUAAUGAUGCACCAGAUGUUGACUGUCUGAACCUUGCUGGGCUGAGUGCAGUACCCCGGGACGCCCCAGUGGUGGCGAUCAACGCUGCUAAAUACUCCUGCCACAGUGCUGCAGGCCUGGGGGCUGUGAGGGAGUUUUCUGAACACAUCCUGCUGCUCAAGAAGAAGGCCAAGUCUCAGAUGGAACAGGACCGCAUCCACAGAAAUACAUUCUAAACUCUAGAAUGUGUUCUAAAGUCACAGAAAUACAUUCUAAAAUCUAGAAUGUGUUCUAAAGUCACAGAAAUGCAUUCUAA